UGAGUUUCAAGACCAUCCAAUAAUCAGGAAAUGUCAAAAAAAAAAGUUUAAAAUUGUAAAAUUAAACAGUCUGGUAUGUUUUGGUAUUUCUUGCGGUAUUUACAUCAUAUGCCCACACUGACAACACUGUAACUGUUUCUCUGUGUGUGAUGAGUGAGUGUGUGUGUGUGCGUGCAUGUUUGUGGUGGUUGCAAUAGAUUUGUUUGUGCGUAGAAAGGAAAGCGUAAAUUGUUGCAACGAAAAUUGGACAUAGACACCAUAGAAGCGUUUGCAAGCUCCCAAAGAACAUUCGCCCACGACCCCACGCAUCAGCAUGGACAUCAUGGACAUACAGGCUGUCGAAUCCAAGCUGAGUGACGUCACAGUGACACCAAUACCACGCUCGCAAGUGCAAAACUUUUACAACUACCAGCAGCAGCGUGAACAGCGCGAGCAGCAGCCCCAAAUCCAAAUAUCUGCCAUCCAUCAUUCGCGUGGCAACUCAAGCAAUAGCGGCUCGGCCGGCAGCUCUGGCAACAACAGCAUGGGCGGCAUGGGUGCCACGGACUACUCGACCAGCAGCGGUAGCGGCAACGCCAAUAGCAAUAAGCGCGACCGUUCCGCCGAUUACAGCACAUCCAGCAAACAGAAUUCGGCGGCAGCCAAUGCAGCUGCGGCAGCCGCCGUUGCCGCCUUGCAAUAUUCACCGCAGUUCCUGCAGGCGCAACUGGCUAUGCUGCAACAACAAUCCAACACUACGGCCACGCCGGCAGCUGCUGCUGCAGCGGCCCUCUCACUCGCGAAUAUUGCGGCAGCCACCAACGGGGCACGCAACUCCGGCAACAGCAAUGCCAACCUGCCGACGGUGGGCAGCCUGAGCACCGGCAAUGGCCUGACCAAAUACGCCCAGCUAUUGGCCGUCAUCGAGGAGAUGGGCCGCGACAUAAGGCCCACAUACACAGGUUCGCGCAGCUCCACUGAGCGGCUGAAGCGCGGCAUUGUCCAUGCCCGCAUUUUGGUGCGUGAAUGCCUGAUGGAGACGGAACGGGCGGCGCGUCAAUGAGAAGAGGAGUGCAGUGGCGAAUUGACGCCACAGCUCCUGUCGCCGGGGGGUAUCUAGGAUAAGUUUAAAGCAAAUUGGGUUUGCCUUUUGUUUAAUUGAUCGAUGUGUAUGUAUGUAUAUCUCAGUCGAAUAAUCCAAAAUGAACGUGAAGCAUUUUGUGUACACGUAGUCCUUUCACUUGUAGGGCUUUCCGUUUUGCUUUAUAUUUUCCAUAUAAAUGGCAAUUUGUGCCACUGGACCAUAGUUAAAGAAUGUUUAGACUAGCUCAGGUUAUAUAUACAGUAAAUAGAAUACUGAAUCUAUGUAUAUGGCAGAUUAUUGAACGGAAUCGAACCAGCACACACACCACACCGAAGGCAGAUCCACACAGAUCGAGGCAACGAGUUCUGUUCUUUGGUUUAUGUUUUGAUGGAUACAGAAUGUAUGCGAAUCAGAUGAAUCCGUGUCGUGUUUGCCAGUUAUUCGUAUAACGAGGAGAUCGUAAUUAUUACACUGCCCCCCGGGGUCUCCGAUAUAGUGUGAAAUUUAAGCUGAUUCCCCCUUAUUUUAGAGAACUAUACAAUGAUAUAUGAUGUAUAUACAAUACAAAAGAACAAACAAUACAAGAGAUAUAUAUAUAUAUGUAUAUAUAUAUAUAUAUUUAGAAAAGAUAUACACAUAUAUACUUGUUAUGCCUAAAACACAAGUGCGCAAUGCGAUCAAGAUUAAGUGGAAGAAAAACCCUACAAAUUUAGUGGCAAUUGACACACUCUUAUUUAUAUGUAUGUAUGUACUUAUAUACCUAGGAUCCAUUUGAGAUAUAUAUAUACUAUGAGCGUAUAUUGACAUAAGUUCAAGCAUGUAUACCAAACCGAAUAAAUGAAUCAUUUUUUGGUCUUUGUAA